AUGUCGCAACUAAUUAAUCGCAUUCGCCUACCACGCGCAUUUCGCCCUCCGGCCCAGAUCAACGCAGAAGAAGGCACAAAUGGACAUCCAGAAACGAAUCGUGGGAAAACAGCGCCCAAGGAAGCUGAGGAUGGCAAGGACAAAUCGCAACAGUCUGACAUGCAACCUGUGGGGUUCUGGCAUCCCGAUCUUCGACAAGUUCGAAAUCGCGCUGUCGUAAAGUGGAUCAUCACGACGGCCUUCUUGAUGGCAUUCAUUUUGGCUGUGCUAUCGCUGUACUGGGCUGUGUUCUUCAAGGUCGAGAACAGGCUAAGCCAUUUGCUGGUUUACGUUGUGGAUAUGGAUGGAGCGGCGCCUUAUGACAACACCGGGAACGCGCCCUUCGUUGGACCGACUAUCACGCAACUUGUACAACAGCAGUUGAGCAGCGGCCAGCCGACGCUGGGAUGGGGCGUCCGGCCCGGUUCAGACUUCAACAACGACCCGAUACAAGUCCGACAGGCAGUCUACAAUUGGGAUGCCUGGGCUGCUAUUAUCAUCAAUCCUAACGCGAGCGCGCUAUUGUACUCCGCUAUCGCCAACGGCAACGCAAGUUACGAUCCUCUGGGAGCGUGUCAGUUGAUCUACCAAGAUGCGAGAGAUGAUACCAACUGGUUUGAUUUCAUGUUUCCCAUCAUCAGUCAGUUCAUGACCCAGGCACAAAGUAUGGUCGGACAGCAAUGGGCACAGAUGGCGAUGCAGCGUGCGAGCGAUCCAGCAGUGCUUUCAAAUAUCCAAAACGUGCCCCAAGCCAUCAAUCCAGCGAUUGGCUUCUCCGAGUUCAACCUGCGGCCUUUCUAUCCGUACACUGGUAUCCCUGCCGUAUCCAUCGGACUCAUUUAUCUUAUCAUUAUAUCGUUCUUUAGCUUCUCCUUCUAUAUGCCCAUUCACAUGCAAUACCUCAAGCCCGAAAACCACCCACCGCUCAAGUUUCCCCACCUCAUCAUCUGGCGCUGGUGCGCUACGAUAUCCGCCUACUUUAUGCUCUCCCUUGCCUACUCGUUCGUCUCGAUGGCUUUCCAGAUCAACUUCUGGCACACAAAUUCCAUCACCAGCGAAACACAAGUCACAAACAUGAUGGAGGGUAACCCAGUCGCUUAUGGAAGUGGAACCUUUGUGGUAUACUGGAUGCUCAACUUCUUUGGCAUGAUUGCGCUGGGAUUGGCGUGUGAGAAUGUGGCAAUGGUAGUGGGUAUGCCGUGGAUGGGACUGUUCUUGAUCUUCUGGGUCAUCAGCAACGUGUCCACUUCUUUCUACGACAUUGAGAUUGCGCCUGGAUUUUACCGAUGGGGAUAUGCUUGGCCUCUACAUUCGAUUGUCGAAGGGAGUCGGUCGAUAUUGUUCGAUUUACAUUCAAGAAUAGGUCUGGACUUUGGUAUUCUAAUCGCCUGGGGUGCUGUAAAUACACUGUUCUUCCCGCUCUGUUGUUGGUUCAUGAGAUGGAAGACACAGCAUAACAUCCAUGAGUACUGGCCUCUGGACUAA